UCUCGAAGCAGCUCCUGCGGACCGGUUUCGCCUCGGAGAGCCGGCAGGUCUCGGCGCUGCAGCCGCGGUGCUCGCCUAGCUGCUUCCCGGGGAUCGCAGCGGGCUCAGGUUUGCCUUAGGUCCGGUCAGUGCCAUGAUCCGCCAGGAGCUCUCCACAUCCUACCAAGAGCUGAGUGAGGAGCUGGAUCAGGUGGUUGAGAACUCAGAGCAGGCGGACGAGCGGGAAAAGGAGGCGGUCAAAGUCCAGGGUCCAGGGAUCUUACCAGCCCUGGACAGCGAGUCCGCCUGCAGCAGCAUCCGCUUUAGCAAGGCCUGCCUGAAGAACGUCUUCUCCGUGCUGCUCAUCUUCAUCUACCUGCUGCUCAUGGCCGUGGCCGUCUUCCUGGUCUACCAGACCAUCACGGACUUUCGUGAGAAACUCAAGCACCCUGUCAUGUCGGUGUCUUACAAGGAGGUGGAUCGCUACGACGCCCCAGGCAUUGCCCUGUACCCCGGUCAGGCCCAGCUGCUCAGCUGUAAGCACCAUUAUGAGGUCAUUCCACCUCUGAAGAGCCCCGGCCAGCCAGGAGACAUGAACUGCACCACCCAGACGAUCAACUACACGGACCCCUUCUCCAAUCAGACCCUGAAAUCCGCCCUGAUUGUGCAGGGGCCCCGGGAGGUGAAGAAGCGGGAGCUGGUCUUCCUCCAGUUCCGCCUGAACCAGAGCAGCGAGGACUUCAGCGCCAUCGAUUACCUCCUCUUCUCUUCUUUCCAGGAGUUCCUGCAAAGCCCAGACAGGGUAGGCUUCAUGCAGGCCUGCGAGAGCGCCUAUUCCGGCUGGAAGUUCUCGGGCGGCUUCCGCACCUGGGUCAAGAUGUCCCUGGUGAAGACCGAGGAGGAGGACGGGCGGGAGGCGGUGGAGUUCCGGCAGGAGACCAGUGUGGUUAACUACAUUGACCAGAGGCCAGCGGCCGAAAAGAGUGCUCAGUUGUUUUUUGUGGUCUUUGAAUGGAAAGAUCCUUUCAUCCAGAAAGUCCAAGAUAUAAUCACCGCCAAUCCUUGGAACACAAUUGCUCUUCUCUGUGGGGCCUUCUUGGCAUUAUUUAAAGCUGCAGAAUUUGCCAAACUGAGUGUGAAGUGGAUGAUCAAAAUUAGGAAGAGGUACCUUAAAAAAAGAGGUCAGGUAAUGAACCACAUAAGCUGAAGUCGCUUGCGUUGUUUGAAGGACUGCCCGAGUUCAUGGAAGUUCUCAUCACUUCUGCUUUGGUAAACCUAGCUGCCAGCAAUCCUGUCCUCACUUGAAGAAACGAGCCUUGCUGGGGGCCUGCCUGUCACACUGCAGCUUCUAACUGGUCCUCAGAGAGACUGUCUAGAGCCCAAUGGAACAGAUCCAGUGGAUGACCUUAACUGUUAUUUAAGUAUUUAAAUUAUUAAUGAACAUUUUUUGACAUAUGACAUGAAUAGGGUGUGUGGAGGAUGGAAUUAGAUAUAAUCCAGUUUCCUGAAGGUUUUUGGAAGCUGCCUUCCUUCUCGGUUUGGUGUAUAGUUAAGGUCUAACAGGAUGAUUAAGGCUCUGACCUUAGGUUUUUUUCUUGAGAUUUUUUUAAAUGGACAGGAGAGUGUGAUUUUCUUCUCCCCCACCAGUGACUUCUUUGGGUGUGGAGGUCAUGCUGUGGAACCGGUGUACCGUGUGUGAGGAAUGCAAAACCCCUCACGUCUCUGGUGCCAUCUGCCAGCCCCUGACACGCUCUCUUGUUUAAUAUUAAAUGAGACUUUUUUUUAAAGCUACUAGAAAAACUAGUAAUUAGAUCUCUUGUGGACUGACUAGCCACCUACCUGUCUGGCUAGAAUGUUGGUUGAUGCAGGUGUGAGUUCGGACUGAUUAACAUACAAAAACACUAGGACAUGUGUACAUAGUAGGUGCCUACUCAGUGUAUUUUGAUGAUUUCAUUAAUAGGUGAAUAAAAGUUAGGUUAAUACAAAAGGAAUCAGUGUGCCAGUAUGCGUAUCUGCUAAAUCAAUAGGCACCAGUACGCUUUCAUUCCGUGACCUCCAAAUAAAAGGGAGCGUGAGCCUGGACUUCCACGAUGGACGGGUCUGGACUCCCGAGGUACAUCAUGACCACGUCCAGGGAAGGGCAAGGUGGGCAGGCGAUAGAUGGCAGGUGGUCAGGAAGUGACAAUAAAGCCCCAUGAAUAAGCUGUGUUAGCUCUUCCUGUCCUACAAACCCCCCACCCAUCUGAGAAAGGGGCCCUCAGGAUGACCCUCAGAGCUUUCAGCCCAGCCUGUGACAGAGAUGAGUAACCUCUGGGUAUUUUUCACACGGUAGCCAUUGGCUGAUUUAAGGUUAUGAAGAUUAUUUCCAGAGUUUUAAAUUAUUUACAUGCCCUUUGCCUCCAAAGAGGACUUGGCAGCAUUUCUUCAAUUUUGUAACCCGGUUUUAGAUAAUUCAAAGAGAACAACUCAAGUGUAUGAGUGGGGCAAUUUUAAUCUCAUAUCUAGUUAGCAGCAAGAAACUGUGGUUUCUGGUUGAAUUAUUAAAAGUGAACUUGUGUAAGGAAAUAUUCCCUGCUAUUUUUCUAUGGCACAGAAGCAGGUACAAACUUUAGCCUAGGUCCUGUCUCUAUAAAAUCUUAUUGUAAGGCAAAUGCAAAGCCAGGCAUUAAAGCUUACGUUAACAGCACUGAAAAACAGGUAUGUGUAUUUUUAAAUUCUCUCUAAAGAUGACACACCACUUUAAUAUUAAAUAGCUAACAAAAUUUGCUCCAAUGAACAUAUUAAAACUGUACUUCCUGUACUGUAGAAAGUUGAGAGACCUCUUGAACGUGCUUUCAAGUAAGCAGCUAAUUAAUUAGGAAGUGGGCAUUUCUAGCUCUCUCUUCCACAACAGCUGUUAGCUGCAGCCUGCCAGAAUCUACUCUGAAUGUAUGCCUAGACCGUCCACAAAAUAGACAUUUAGACCCAACCGUCUCUUCUGGGGAGGCUGGGGCUUGCCUUUUGCUGUGUUCUGUAGCAGGGUCACCCUUUCCUUCUCCGUGUGCUGCCCCCCGUUGUCAGUGAUCCCGGCCGGCCUUAGGUGAGUGUACAGCAUCUGGCAAGAGCACUGGGCCUGGACGGCUGAGGUGGCGGCCAUUUGAGAGCAUCGUAAGAUAGGAGCCACGUCCCGAAAGGAAGAGGAGUUUCUCCUGGUCUCACGGCGAGCAGAACGAGGUGCUUUCACGGUGACCUAGGAAUAGUGUGCUAGAGUUGUUUUUCGUGGAUGUGAAAGAGUAGAAGCAGACACCAGUAGUUGAAAACUUUGUAACGAUCUCCCUGCCCCCAUAAAAAACACCGCUGUUAUUACUUAUUAUAGAUUUUGAGAUUUAUCCUCCUAGGUCUAUUUCAUUUUAUUAUUUUAUUUUGGCCGCAGCAUGUGGAUCUUAGUUCCCUGACCAGGGAUCGAACCCGGGCCCUUGGCAGUGAAAGCAUGGAGUCCUAACCAAUGGACCACCAGGGAAAUCCCAUGGGUCUAUUUCCAUUAAAACUAUGUACAUAUGUACACACAUUUAAGGUAAGUUAAACCCAUCCUCCAAACAUAAAGGGACAUGAAGGAAGAUGGAAGGAUAUCCUAGAACUUAGAAUUUUAUGUGAAAAUUCUAUACAACAGAUAUACUUUGGUAAAUGGCUAGAACACUCGACUCUGGCACACAGUCUUCCUAGUCUUUAACUGGUGUACAACCUGCAAUUUGCCUUAAAAUUUUCUCUAUAUACACGUAUGUAUGUACGUACGUACGUAUGUAUAUAUGUAUGAAUGAAGGGGGGCAGGCUUCUUCUGAGCACCUAACCUUAGUGCUGAAAAAAAGCAAAGUCGACGUAAGGCAAAAUACAAACAUAGAUUUAUUAAAUGCUGCUCAAUCCCCCAAUAAAGAUCUUCCAUUACAAAACAGUUUUCCACACAACUGCAAGUUAAGAGAUUGGAAUGGUACUCUGAUAACAAAAUGUGAGAAAAUACUUGACCAAGUAGAAACAUAUACGACUUCUCUAUAGUCAGCUUUUUCAGAACCCUACAGAGGAAGCCUACUGCAUUUCCUUUACACAAAGCCAGGCAGUGACAAUGAGCGCUCUGCAUCACCACACCGUGGGACUCAAAGCCUCCAUCCCUGCAUCAGGAGGUACUGGAGAAGGGCAGGUUGUGAGGACUGGAAAGGCCCUGCCUUCAGCCUUUGGGAGGAAGAGGAGGAAUGAACUGAGAGGCAGGCUGUGUUCACGGCACUGCCCCCACUAAUCUGUGCUCAGCGCUCUGGGGAGCUGCAGAUGAAGGGGGAUGUCCAUAAGGAUCGAUCUGAAGAAUUUGGUUUACGUUCCCAGCUUUUAUUUAUAAUUUGUGCUUUAGAAAGCCUGGAAAUUUAAGGUUUUGCUCAAAUUCCAGAGUACAGUAAUAUCUCUGUGAAGGAAGGCUUAGGGGCAAGUAAUUCCCUCCGUCAUAUUUCUGGGAGAGAUGAAGGGAAGGAUAAGAAUUACACCUUAGUUUUACUUUAGGAAAGUCUUUGUCCUGGGAUGUAACUAAGGUCUGCAGCAAUGUGAAAGCACGUUAUCAAAGGGAAAAAUACACAGAGCAGACUCUACUGUAUCUAUGUGCAACACAACCCAGACAGAAUUCAAGUCAUGAUUCUUACCACUCCCGUAAUGAUUUCACUCAUAUCACAGAUGAUAAAGCUCAUUCAUUUCUGUGAAACUUCAGAAGAGGGACACAAAUCAAUGAUUAGACAAAGGUUACAAUAUACUAUGGCCAUGAUAUAGCACAGAGCUAUGUUGAGUCCAUAUAUUUUUUUUCAUUUACAGUUGCCAGAAAAAAAAUUGGCCUUUUAAUUAUACUGAUGAGGUUUCAUAAUUUUUACAUAUUUCAGAAAAGUGUACAAAACCACCUAUCCAACGGAGGUGGAAGGCUUUUUUCAUUCAUCAGUUGUAUUGCUGAGAAUACUGUGCAUGUUGUAAGCACUGUUCUGCUUUUCUAGAGCUUUCUUCAGCUUUAGCUCCUCCAAUUUUUUCCAUAAUUCUUCACGUUCCAAUUCCUUCUUUUUCUCCCUGUAAAUCAAGACUUUUGCAGUUAGAAACUUUUAUUUCAGAGCUUGAAGAAACAUGCUGUUUGGCAGUUGGCUGGAGAACAGACUGUUCACUCACAUUUCACUUAAAUCCCUCUACUAAAGCAUUUGAGACUGUAUAUUACCUAGAGCACCGCGUUACUCAUCUUCAUCUCCUGAGAGUAAUACCACAUCCGUGUGGCUCCUGUACCGACUGAAAGCUAUCGUUCGCCUUCCCUCCCUGCAUUUUAUCACCACCACCACCACGACUGUGGCAUCUGUGCUUUAUGGUUGGCAAAGUACUUAGUCACCCCCUGCAGUAAACCCCUUGCAGUGGGGUCUUGCCGACAGACUGAAGGGCUGGCCACGAGUCAGCCUGGAGCCGUUUCCAGGUGGAAGCCAUAUCCUUUUGGCUCCACGUCGCUAGCUGCCAACCAGUCUGUGUGUGUCUUACUAUGUCUUGUCUCCUGCAUGUCAGAAGGAGACUUUAAAGUUUGAAUAACCUCUCUAAAAAAGCAAAACUCAAAAUAUGCUGCUUCAACUACUUAAUUUCAGUUCUAAAGAGAACAUUUCUGAAUAACUUGGACCAAACUAUUCUGAAGGGCUAUAUGAACAUGUGAAAAAACCAUGGGCUUACCGUUCUGCAGUUACAUAUGUUUUAAGGGGACAAAAGUGCUGAUUUACGCAGCCAGUAAGAUAUAAUGAUCGCUCUUAGUUAUGUGAAAUAUGCAUUUUUCAAAUAUAAGUUUCAUAUGAUCCUAGUCAUUUUUCCUUCUUCACAUUGCUUCCUGGGACUCAAACUAUGUACCUAAUUUCUAUUCCUGCCUGAAAGGUGCUAUUUAAAAGAAAUAAUGCAUUGAGUUAGUUACUGAUGGACUAGGAUGGCCUUGAAGAAGAGAGAUCCUUUCUCUACUUGCCACCAGAAAACCAGGACUAGGAACUUACAGUCAAAAUAGAUCAGCUUUUCCAAACAGAAUAGUUAAUACACUUAUUAGAAAUAAAUAGGCUCAGGUACAGCAGUUAUUGAAACUGAAAUAAAUAUAUGAGAAGGAAGUGAUUUUUAGAUUAUUUUGUAGUAAUUUAUGAAAUUUUCAAAAAGAGGUAAUCACUAAGCCAAGUUCCUAAAUGCUAAUGUGUGUGACCAUUUAUUCACUAAAAUAUAUAUUGCAAGGAACAAAGUAUCAGUAAUAGUACUCAGCCACAGAAAUAUCCUUAUAUGAGUCUCCCCUUCCCCAAAGGGAACUAUACUGACUUUAAAAUACCACUUUGUUAAAAUGUGAAGCUUAAAAACUAUCAAGUUAUUGUGCAGGGAGCAGAUGAAGAAUAAGCUCACUAUGGACGCCCAUGUGGACAAAAGCAAUUCUCCUAAAUGUGAAAAUAAUUAUGUAAAAUAGUAUUUAAAAUCCAGCAUAAAUUGUAUUUCACAAUGCAGAUGUUAUCAUACUGAUAAAGUCUAAGGCUCAGAAUGAGAUAAACAGAAUUUAUGAUCCACAUUAAAAUCAUAAUCUAACCAUUAGGAGUUUACCUGGAAAUGACUUUAAAGUACUUAUUAGAGACAUUCAAAUUGAAAUGCUAAAUGUAAAUGGCUUUUUUCUUUUUUGAAUUUUAUUUUAUACAGCAGGUUCUUAUUAAUUAUCUAUUUUAUAUGUGUUAGUGUAUAUAUGUCAAUCCCAAUCUCUCAAUUCAUCCUACUGCAGCAAUUGGCUUCUUAAACAUAAUUUUAACUUAGAAUACCUUAUUGGACUCAAUCACAUUCAACUAAUUUAAAAUGUACAGAUAAGUCUAUAAAUAAAAAUGUCAAAUACCUUUGUCUUUCAGCUUUGUAUGAACUAGUAAGAUCAUCGAAAAGCUUGCCGUUCAUCUCCAUGAGGGUUUUCAGCACAUUGUACACCAGUGCUACAAUGGUCCUAAAAUGAAAACAAGCCAGUGCUGGGUUACUGAUGCUACUAACAGAUGGGAAAUGUAACACUAUCAUCUCUGAAAUGGGUUGGAUGCUAGCUGACUCAGUCAAUCCAUUUUAGAGCUGACAAACUGAAGUUCAAGAAGUUUAGUAAUUUGCUCAAGGUCACACAGCCAGUGGUAGUAGAGAUGGUCGGUCUGAUUCCAAAACUCCUUCUUUAAAGAGUCCUUCCCACUGUAUCAUGCUUAGAUUAAACCCUAAAAAUGUUAUGGUCAGCUUCCUGUCUGCUCUAGAGUCUACUAUCACAAACCCUGAGUAACAGCAUUAAAAGAAAUUUGAAAAAGAUCCAAUUACCAUAACUUGUAAGAAGAAAAGUAAAACACAGGAUAAGGGUGUUACAGAAUUUAGAAUGUAUGCAAUCUAAACAUCACUGAUGUGACCUUGAGCACUGAAGCUUCCCCCUGGGCUAGGCCAGCUAUGGAGGUGAGACUGGAUACUGGCAGCACACAGUCGCCUGUGCAUCCUCUGCAGAUGUUGGGUUGGUCUCCCCAACAGGGUUUAACCACACACUAGUACAGAAUGUCACACCAGACAGUCCCUAGAUUUGCAAUUCUAAGUUGAAAUUAAGAACAUACAGGAGUUCAGGGUUUCUGAGCAAGAGCCACCCAUUCUCCUUGCUUGGCCCUGCAAUAAACCUUUCUCUGCUCAAAAAAAAAAAA